ACCACCUCCCUCCUCCCAUUUUGACCCCCCGACACUUGAUGUCGACUGCUGUCUUUUAUCUUUACAUCUGAUUCGACCCAUACUAGACGCUGCAUCAUGUCGGGCACCCCUUCACCCUUAUCCUCGCCUUCGACUUCCCCACGGAGGUCAACGGUCCCUCUUCGCCCAAUUCGUCCCUCGCCUUCUUCAUCCAACCGACUUUCACGUCGAAGCUCGCGUCCUAUCAUCAAAACAAGCCUCUCACUGGGUCGUAUCGCAGAAGAAUCACACAACGGGGACAACUCAUUUGGCCUUUUUGACCAGGAUGGCAUUCCCAGCACUGCUACCUCUUCUACUCUAUCUACUCCCGCCCUCGAACGGGUCAAGUUCUCGUGGAGCGAACCGGAGACUGUCAUGUACGCUGGUACGCCUCCCCGAAGGAACAAGGUGGAGAACAGACGGGAUGGCUGGAAUGGGAAGAAGGGCAUCCGCGUCGGUAGCGAAUUGAAGGAGAGCUGUGGCAUCUGCUUUGAAGCUGCCGUAAUGCCCAACAAGGCAAGGUGUUGCGGCCAACUCUUCUGUUACCAACAUCUCUCUGAUUGGCUAUCCGCACAAGGCUCUGACGGCCGCUGCCCAACAUGCCGCGUACCUUGUUCGCUCGAGACCGAUACAGUCUACCUCCAUCCGCCCCCGAAACUCACACGGCCGCAGCCUACCAGACGCCGGUCGCGCUCGCCACGCAAUGCGCGUCGUUCAGUACCUGUUACCUUCACUCCCCUUGGACAGGAAGAGAGCCCGCGCUCCACCAGUCCUGACAGGGAUUCGAGUUCAUCCUCGUCGACUACGUCCUAUGACGUCGACAGCUCCGACACGUCUUCCGACAACGAGGACCCCGUCGGUGAUCAAUCGGAUAUGCCCUUCUAUCCCUCAUCAUCACCACCGCUCUCGACUCUUUCGGCAUCGAGCUCGCAACGGCAGCUGCUUCUGCUGUCACAGGCUGGCGAGCACUACCAGUCAUUCAUCUGGGGUGAUCUCGCUCGGGUAUUCACAUUAGUCGGCGCGGUCAUCGUGUUCUGCGCGUUGAUUCCUGUCGUGGUGUAUGAAUGAGAGGGUGUCAUGGCGGAUACAGAUUGCGUUUCUUUCAUUGUGGUGGUUCCGACAUAAUGGUCGUUAUCUUUUGAUUGUGGCCCGCGCAGUGCGGCCGCUACUCCAUUCUCCUCAUUGGACCGACUUGCGACAAAUAUUGGUAGUUCGCGUCCGGUAUGUCCCUUUGCAUAUGCAUGCUCGCGUCCUACUGGCGCCCUUGCCUACACGUUGCGAUUCCUCUUUCAUCUUCCCAUGUAUCACCAAUUCCUCACCCUCUUUUCGACCCUUCUUCGCAUGCCUUUCCUAUCUCCCCUUCAUCCUUCGUCUUCAUCUUCACCCAAUGUCAUCCGACUCGUCCGUCCGUGCCAUUGUACGACUAGAAUUUUCUUCAUCCACCCCAUCGCUGCAUAACAAUAAAUUUCGUGCGCGGAUGGUCUAGGAAUUUAGCUUAACAUUUAUUACUCUUAUUCCGGGCUCUCCUGGAGGGCGCCUCGCCUCUACCUUGUACCUCAUAGAUUCAUAUCGAUCCUCACCUUGUUGGCUUUUGGGCGGCUUCAGACUCGGAUAGACGUAGUAGCGAUUAACUUACCGGUUCACACUUCAGGUAGUGGGCUGGCAUUGUUACAUACAUACUUGUACAUAGGCUAGCGUAGCGAACUGGUU